CCUCGCAGACCCCUGGGUGGUGACUGCUCCGUGGGCGGGCCGUGGUCAGGCCGCGCGGCGGGGAGGGGCGGAGCGAACGGCGGGAGCGAGCGGCGGGAGCGCGCGCCGGGCCCGCCUCGGCCGCCGCCGCCGCCGGGGGAUGAUCUGGGCGGCCGCGGGCGGCCCUGGCUAGCGGCCCGUGCCCGUGCUGCGGCCGGCCGGGGCAGCGAAGGUCGAGGGUCGCGUCGUCCUCCUCCCCGCCUCCGGGAGGGGCGAGAGGGAGCCGCGGCUGAUGUCAGAAAUACACUCUCGGGAAAUGGCCUCUAAAUCUUGGCUGAAUUUUUUAAUCUUCCUCUGUGGAUCAGCAAUAGGAUUUUUUUUAUGUUCUCAACUAUUGAGUAUUUUGUUGGGAGACGAGGGUGACACCCAGCCUAGUAUGCUUCAUAAUGACCCUCAUGCUGGACAUUUAGAUGAUAAUGGACACAGUCACCUCAAGGGACAAGUGGACUUCAAUGCAGACUCUAGCCAACAUAAAGAUGAGAACACGGACAUUGCUGAGAACCUCUAUCAGAAAGUUAAAAUUCUUUGUUGGGUUAUGACAAGCCCUCAAAAUCUAGAGAAAAAGGCCAAACAUGUCAAAGCUACAUGGGCCCAGCGUUGUAAUAAAGUAUUAUUUAUGAGUUCAGAAGAAAAUCAAGACUUCCCUACUGUGGGACUGAAAACCAAAGAAGGCAGAGAGCAGCUCUACUGGAAAACAAUUAAAGCUUUUCAGUAUGUGUAUGACCAUUAUUUAGAAGAUGCUGAUUGGUUUAUGAAAGCAGAUGAUGACACAUAUGUCAUACUGGACAAUCUGAGAUGGCUUCUGUCAAAGUAUAACCCUGAACAACCCAUUUACUUUGGGAGAAGAUUUAAGCCCUAUGUGAAGCAGGGAUACAUGAGUGGAGGAGCAGGGUAUGUACUAAGCAAAGAAGCCUUGAGAAGAUUUGUAGAUGCAUUUAAAACAGAGAAAUGUACACAUAGUUCCUCCAUUGAAGACUUAGCCCUGGGAAGGUGCAUGGAAAUUAUAAACGUGGAAGCUGGAGAUUCCAGAGACACCACUGGAAAAGAAACUUUCCACCCGUUUGUACCAGAACACCACUUAAUCAAAGGUUACCUACCGAAAACAUUUUGGUAUUGGAACUACAACUAUUACCCUCCCGUAGAGGGUCCUGGUUGCUGUUCUGAUAUUGCAGUUUCUUUUCACUAUGUUGAUUCGACAACUAUGUAUGAAUUAGAAUACCUCGUUUAUCAUCUUCGUCCGUAUGGCUACUUAUACAGAUAUCAACCUGCCUUACCUGAGGAUAUACUAAAAGAAAUUAAUCAAGCAAACAAAAAUGAAGAUACAAAAGUAAAAUUAAACAACCCUUGAAAGAAGACCGUGGACUGAGGUCAAAUGGUCUACAUUGCACUGAAGGACUUCUUUCUGACAGAAUCCUGAAAUCCCAGUGAGGAACUGAUUGGAAGUAAAUAUUCCAUAUAGAAUUUUUUCCAAUGGAUGACUAUAAUCUGAAGCAUUUAAAGAGCUGUGAAGUCUGUUAAAAUGUGUUUUGAUACAGUAAUAUAUAAAUAUAAAUAUAUAUGAAGAAUUUGUGUUUUAAAUGGUAAUAGAAGAGCUAGGGAGGCUCUGUCCUCUGUUCCUGACAGUGUGUGUUGUUGUCACCGGAGCUGGAGGGGUUCCGUUUGUGGUCACCUACUACGCCGCACCGUGAGAACACAAUGCUGAACAGAUCUGCCUUAAAACUAGAAAGAAAUACUGUCACUCAGUAUACACUCUGCUCAUGUGUAUGAUACAAACCAGCCUCCCAGUUCCCGCCUGAAAACUUUGCUGUGAUUGUAUGACUUAAAAUUGGCAGUGUUUCCUCAAGAAGAAAUAGACUAAGAAUGCCCCCUGAAGUUCACUAAUAAACCACAUUUUCCAAUUAUUCUGGGCCUUGACUACAGUAUAUACUUAGUUCUAUAUAGAAUCAACCUUGUACCAAGUCCCCGUUGUCUCCUUUCCAAAUGUCUGACCCUUGAAUACCAUUUUCACUAUUCAUGCUUAUUUACUCAACGCAUUGACAGCAUUCUAUAAAACAUGCAUUUAAUAAUAUUCUGUUCCAAAAUUCACCCAUUAUUAAUUGUGGGUAACUUAAUUAAAUUUAAUGCUGUUUGGACAAGCUUUUCUUGUAUUGGUACCACUCUCGGGAAUUAUUAAUGGCAUUGUAAAUCGAUUAUUCGAAGUCUUUCCAACUAUAUAAUUAUUGUUCCUUUUAUUUUCAUUCUGUGGAGAUGGAAUUUGUUGUGCCUUUCAUAACUUGCUUAAAGCACUUUUAAAAUUAAUUUUAUGUCUGAUGUGCCUGUUAACACUGGCAAAAAUUUUUGAAUGUGGCUUUUGGCCAGAAUUAAUUAAAAACACUAGCAAGUAAAGAACACAGACAAACUAAACUGGCAUCUAUUUUAUUUGUAAAUACCAAUUCUGUCAUGCUGAAUUCUCACUUGGAGAUGGUUGUCGUGCUGUGGUCCUAACAGCAGAGCCCCAUUCGAAACCGCGUCAGAAGCAGUGUGGACAGUCCUAACUCCAGGCUGCUGAGCGCUUCUGAGGGAUAGAGAACUUCUCUUUUUGUCAUUAGCAAUACUGAGUGUAGAACAGAAUAUUUUACAGAUUUUCCACUAGAUUUUUAAUUUUGAAUAAUUUACAUUUCUUAUUAUGCUAAUUUUGCAUGAUUAUUACACCACUGACUCUAACUGGCUAAAUAAUAAAUAUAACUUAUAUUUAUUGUGCCAAAACCAUAACCUCUAUAGGUGAUAUAUUUGAAGGGGUGGCUAUAUCAUUGGCUAGUUAUGGAUCACUCUGUCCACAUGAUGAAAAUCAACCAACUUUACAAAUUAAUUUGGUUUGGGUUGUUCUCAUGGUGGUGCCAUCUGCCGAUACCCGAGACUCUCUCCUCUGUUCUCUGAGCAGCUCUUUACCUGUGUUCCAUGUGUGUUACUCUUCUUUACUAACAGUUGCUCAUAGGAAGUGAAUGCUGUGGUGAAGCCUGGGCUGCAGAGUCAAGAAGCCUGCCCUAAGUUCCUCCUCCAUCACUGUUUUUGUAACCUUGAACAAUUUACUUAAUCUUUCUGUGCCUCAAUUUCCUCAUCUAAAAAUUAGGGAGAAUGAUACUACCUACCUCACAGGAUAUUAAUGAGAAUUAUAGAAAUGAAUAGACAUAAGGUUGUUAGAACAUUAUCUGGCCCAGAAUAGGGCAUGGUUUUAAGUAUAAGCUUUUACUCUGUUACCUUGGCGUAUAAAUAAUUUGAUUUAGGUAAAUGAGAUGAUCAAAUCAGAUUUGAAGGAAAUAUUUACGUAACAUACAAUCCAUCUGGUGCCGCUGUGUGCCAGAUACGGCGCUACUCUGUGCGUUUGUGUUAACGUCAAGGUGGGUGUUAGGCCAUGUUAUAGAUGAGGGAACUAAGGCUCAAAGAAUUCAGGUGUUUCCACUCACAGUGAUAGUAAGAAGGCCGGGAUUUAUGAUCCAGACCUGUGUGUGCUUUAUGUCAGCUCUAGGCUUAGUUUUAUGUAUAUAAACACAUACAUGUACAUAUAUGUACACACACAUAUAUGUAUGUGCAUAUGCACAUACAUACAUACACAUACAUGUAUGUAUGUAAUAAUGAGAUAUGUAUACACACAGACAUGAAUACUAUAUAACAUCUGGUACUUUUAGCCAAUAAUGGUCCAAGUGGUCAAACAACAUAAUUGGUAUAGUGAUUCAUAAAUUGUGAUUCUCACACCCUUACCUGGAGUUUGAGAUGGAGAUCUCAAGUGUUGAUUUUGAGCAUGAGGCCCUGGAGUAUACAUUCAUAACCAAAUACCUUCUAAAUUAGCACUGCUGGUAGCCUGUUGUGGCUCUCCCACCCUGCCCAGACCACCUAAGUCAGAAACUCCAGGAUAGUGGGUAGCAGUUCCAUUUAAAGAACUCCUGAAGUUAGUCUUACUAAUCCCAUGUUGAGAACCAUUACCUGUCUACCUACAUGAUUUUGGUGCAAAUAGUCUUUGGAACACUCAGGAUUUCUGCCCAGGACAGAGGCAUUUUUCAAAGACUAAAACAUGUCUAAAUCAGUGUAGUCCAGGACCAUACUAUAUUAAAGGUAAAAUGUUAGAGAGUUUAAAGGGCGCCCGUGCAUCAUUGGUUUCGGCAAAAUUCCUAAUUUUCCUAUAGUGACUCUUAUCAGGACCCUCAAAAGCUGCAAUUCUCCAAGUUUAGUCAUUUCUCACUAAGCAGAAAGGGUUCAGUAAGUACUAAUAUGUACAUAUGGAUUCAUUAAAACAUCUGUAAAUUAAUAUGGAAAAUAUCCAGUAGUUGCUAAAAAUUUGCAAUAGAAAUUGAAAAUGCUACUUUAUAAUAUGCCAAGAAUUUUCUGCUAAUAUCAGCUUAAGUUUUGUCACUUUCAAAAAUCCUUUGUCUGUCCUAUGAUCUAAUGAAGCAAAAUUUUUCUCCCAAGUAUAUGGUAGAGCCCAUUAAACAAGAUUUUAGGGGAUAAUGAUUUAUUUGCCAUCUUUUAGAUUAAGAUCUCUGCCGUGUGAAUUGCAGUGUGGUUUUGAGGCAUAAGAUUUAAUAAAGUCUCAUGUUCUCUAUUAGUAAUAUGCUUGUUUUUCUAGUGGGAAUUCAUAGAUACAAAGCAGGUUUUUAUCCCACUUGAACUCUUGGACGGUUUGAACGUUUCUGAAUUUCAGAGGUCAGUUUGCUACUACAAAGGAUGACAAAAUCACGGACCAGUUCAUACUGUUUUGAGUUGUGGUGAUUGGGUUUGCUGAUUGGUUAUUUUCGUAGUUGUUUCUUGAGUUUGAAUCGUUUUACCCUCUUAUCCUGUCAGACUGCAUUGCCAGAUGGAGACCCUGUUGUACUUGAAAGAUAUCCUCACUUGGUUUGUCAGCUCCUUCCUACCUGUUUCCUUGCACUCUCGGUUCAUGAGGUCAUUAUUCUGUAUUUGAUAUUUCCUUUAUGCUUAACCUCCACUUUUAGCUCCCUAUAGUGCUGUCUCCUUGUGGUUGACUUGGGUGACCAGAACGCCUGUCAUCUGUGAUGGUUUUAUUCCUACAUUAAGGUUUCCCAUGAGACUAAAAAUACAAUAGUAGUCUGCUGGCUCUCAGGCUACUUGCCCUAAUUGACCGUGUUCAGCAUCAAGCAAUUCUACAUCAGUAAUUAAAGGAAGUAAAGUUAUUUACCCCUCCUAAAAGAAAAGAAGAAAUACAUUGACUUCAUUUCACUUGAUUUGUAUUAGGCCUGCUAGAAACAUACAUGGGAAAUGUGGUAGACAAGCUGUGUGGUAUAUUUCACACUAACCUCUGUUGAUUAAAGAUGACUUACGGUUAUAAAUCAAGCUGUAUUGAAAUCUUAACAGUGAUUGAAAUGAGAACUUCAUGGUCUCUUUAGAGAAGCAACUUAAAAGCAGCAUUAGAGUUGAAUGUGCUUUGUUUAAACUCCCUUACCUCCUGAGGUUUUGGUUACAUUUGUUAAGUGUGAGCAACUAUGCAGGGCGCUAUAAGUGAGUGGUCUACGUGAAGUGUACUUUCAGAGGGAAACUAGCCUCACUGCUGAGCAGUGUGUUGUAUUAUACAUUGAAUGUUUGUGUUUUGGAAUUUAAAAUUUAUUUAAAGUAAUAGUGUCAAUGAAGGGUUUAAAAAUGUCUGGUGACUUGCUUAUUUUAAGUAAUCACCAUUAGUCAGAAAAAUGUAUUUUUAAAUGUUUUUUAAAGUGCCUUUUGAGAAUUUUUAAACAGUGGAUUCAAACAACUGCAUAAAAUAAAUGACCAUGUUCAAAUUUG